AUGUUCAACAGGGAACCGAUUCCGGUCCACACAAACAAUGCCUUCGAAGACCUUAGCGGUGUGUCGACUUCAGCCUUCAGCAAUCCAUAUGAUGCGUUGAUAUCAGUAUGCGGAGACGACUUGGUGCAGAUCCAGUCCAAGUAUAACGUCCAUCGGGCCACUAGAAACUCCCAGCAGAAAGCCAAGUUGCUCGAUGCGAACUUUGCAGGCGUCAGCAUCGACCCCAUUUUGUCGAGACUGAGCGACCCGACGAUUGAGCCAGGAUACGUAGACCCUCGACAUUGUCUGGUCCUCUGGGGGCGGCCCACGGAGAAGAUCAAAGCCCUAAUCAAUCGAGUACAGCAAGACUUGUUGACAGUGGCACCGAAUCUCUGGAUCAUGCCCCAGGAUUGCCUACACAUUACGGCACUGGAAGUCACACAUUCCAAGACAGCGGAAGAAAUACAAAAGCUAGUCAAUCAAAUAAAAGACAACGUCUCAGCUAUCACAGAGUACACCUACAACCACCGUACACGUCUCAUCAAGCCGCUCAUUGGUUACGACGCGUCAGCACUCGCGCUGAGCUUCGUACCCGCAGCUGGCGAAGCGCUUCGUUCGGGUCGGACCAGCGAGGACGACAAGUUCACCUACCACCAUCUUCGUCGAGAUCUCUUCGGCCUUUGCCGCGAUGCAGGCGUCCAAGUCGACUCACGAUAUGUAGUACCCUCAAGUCAUCUGACCAUUGGCCGCUUCAUCGAUCCCAAGGAUCUUGCGGAUGGAAAUGGCUCACCAGAUCCGCAGAAGAUGCAGGCGUUCAUAGCGAAGAUUGAGGAGAUCAAUGGCUGGCUCGAGAAAGAAUUCUGGCCAGAGAAUAAUGGCGGGACGAUACCCGAUGGGGGCGAGUUCAAUGUUGGCGAGGAGGAAGGCUUGAUCUGCCGAAUGGGAAGACUAUGGUACGGAGGUGGGGAGGCACUUCUGUCCCUAAUUAAACAUUCCUCUCUGCGGACUACGGCCUGUCCACCAAACAUGUUCAACCGAGACCGUCUUCCAGGUCUUCCUGGAAGCUCCCCGCGACCUCCGCAGCGCAACGACGGCUAUGCUAGACCACCGCAACAGCAACAACCACCGCCGCAGCGAUCGCCCGAUACGAGAAUGGGAGGUUACGACGAUAGACAGCCACCACCAGGGGGUCGAUUGCCUGCAAGAGGGCCACAGGGCGGGGGUGGAGGGUCUGCCAGACAGCUACGACCCAUCAAGAGCCCUGGAGGCAACGUCUACGCCUUCGGCAAUCUUGUCGCCGUCUCACCACAAGACUUCCCACCCACACCCGAUGGGUCCGACAUCUACAUACUCCUGAACGGCAACUACGUCCUCUCCGCACGGCCUACCCAAGGUUGUCAGCCAGGCGAGAUCGGUCUCACAGACGCACAGCGAACAUGGGCGGGCAUCUCGCUUGGCCCCCAGGAUAUUGUCACGGUACAGCCAUACGAUGCGUUCAGCCAAAGUGGCGGGCAGUCGUAUUUAGGUGCGGUGGAGGUGGAAGUCGGAUUCGCCGCCAGAAAAACGACGGACGCGCCGUACGACCAGGAUGAGCUAGCGACACAAUUCAAGAAGAACUUUGAGAAUCAGCUCCUCGCGCCAGGCCAACAGCUUCUCUUGGACGUCAAAAACAUACCACUGAGGAUGUCAAUCAGGACCGUACAGCUAGUGGACCUUUCUAUGGAAAAGUCAGACACUUCUGCGCCUCCUCAAACCGACCCACGAGCGCGAGGUAUCCUCACGCGACAUACACAGAUUGACUUCUUCAAGGAUGCUCGGACAGACAUCAAGUUAAAAUCGUCUAACAGGCGGCCUGCUGCAAAUUCGAUCAUCCAACCUGGGUUCAAGUUCGAAGAUAUGGGCAUUGGUGGCCUGGACAACGAGUUUAGCGCGAUUUUUCGAAGAGCAUUUGCUUCACGUAUCUUUCCCCCGGGCCUGGUGGAGAAGCUGGGUAUUCAACACGUUCGUGGUAUACUUUUAUACGGCCCUCCAGGGACUGGAAAGACUUUGAUCGCGCGCCAGAUUGGCAAGAUGCUGAACGCUAGAGAACCCAAGGUCAUCAAUGGGCCUGAAGUAUUGAACAAGUAUGUUGGUCAGUCGGAAGAGAACAUCCGAAAGCUCUUCGCAGACGCUGAGAAGGAAUACAAAGAGAAGGGCGAUGAGAGUGGUCUUCAUAUCAUCAUCUUCGACGAACUUGAUGCCGUCUGCAAACAGAGAGGAUCUGGCGCAGGUGGUGGCACUGGCGUGGGUGACAGUGUAGUCAACCAGCUUCUAUCCAAAUUGGACGGUGUGGACCAGCUGAACAACAUUUUGCUCAUCGGAAUGACCAAUCGAAUGGAUAUGAUUGAUGAGGCGCUGUUGCGUGCUGGACGUCUCGAGGUGCACAUGGAGAUCUCUCUUCCUGACGAGUCAGGCCGAGCCCAGAUCCUCAAGAUCCACACCACCAAGAUGCGCAAGAAUGAUGUUCUCGAAACGGACGUCAACGUCGAAGAGCUUGCUAAGCUUACGAAGAACUUUUCGGGGGCUGAACUUAGUGGUCUGGUCAAGGCAGCAUCGUCAUAUGCUUUCAGCCGCCACAUCAAGGUCGGUACAAUGGCAGCCAUCAACCCGGAUGUCGAGAAUAUGAAAGUCAACCGGCAGGAUUUUAUGAGUGCUCUUGAAGAGGUAAAGCCGCUUUUUGGUGUUGCCGAGGAGGAACUGGGGAAGCGCUUACUACGCGGCAUUGUCCACUUCUCGCCGUUUAUCAACGACAUUCUCGAGGAAGGCCGUCUCUAUAUCAACCAGGUUAGGAAGCCAGACUCGACGCCGAUCCUUUCUGUUGCGUUGCAUGGCCCGCCCGGCAGCGGUAAAACUGCGUUAGCAGCAAAAAUGGCCAUUGACUCGGGCUACCCGUUCAUCAAGCUGAUCUCACCUGAGGACAUGGUUGGGUUUAGCGAAAUGCAGAAGGUUCAGCAGCUCGACAAGACGUUCCGAGACGCGUACAAGAGCCCUCUUAGCGUCAUCGUCAUCGACAACAUCGAGAUGCUGGUUGAUUGGGUACCGAUUGGCCCUCGUUUCAGCAACAGCGUAUUGGUCGCGUUGAAGGUUCUACUCGAGAAGCAACCGCCAAAGGAUCGCCGCCUGCUAAUUUUCGCAACCACGACGGAGCGCUCUGUACUCACGCAGCUGGAUCUUUUCAGCCGCUUCGACGCCGAGAUUGCAGUACCAAACGUCAACACACAGGCCGAGCUCGCACACAUCCUUCGGGAAUCCGGGGCCUUCUCAGACAGUGACCAGCAACGUGCUAUCGGCGAGAUUCAGGAAAUUACCGGUAGCGCAGAGGUAGGGGUCGGGAUCAAGAAGAUCUUGACCGGCAUCGAGACGGCGAAGCAGGAUCAGGACGUACCUGGCCGGUUUGCUAGAGUCAUGUCGCGGGCUAUUGCAGCGAACAGGGGCCUGCAUACGUAA